GAAGAUGACGAUGAAGAAGACGGGGAUUAGUCUAAACGUUCUCAAAUGUCAUGUGCAUUGAUAAAACACCAAGGGUGUGUUGAUAGAAUACGGUGUACAAAACUAAACAAUACAGAUGUCGCAGCCAGUUGGAGUGAAUUAGGUGGACAUCAAGAAGAAGGCUUUGGCAUGGAUUGGAGUUCUAUAGCACCAGGAUUUUUAGUUACGGGUGAUUGUAGAAGGAAUUUACAUAUAUGGCGACCAGCAGAAGGAGGCAAAUGGAACGUGAACCAGAUGCCUUUAAUCGGCCAUACUGAUUCGGUGGAAGAUAUACAAUUGUCACCUAAUGAAGAGAGUGUUUUAGCAUCUUGCUCAGUGGAUAAGAGUAUACGAAUUUGGGAUAUCAGGGCACCACCAAGUAAAGCUUGCAUGCUGAGCAAUGACCGAGCACAUGAAAGCGAUGUGAACAUAAUUAAUUGGAACAGAAAAGAACCUUUCAUUGUCAGAAGUAAGUUUAACGCUACGUGA